AUGCUCGCUGCAGGCCUUCACCCGGCCGGCCCCCUUUUCGAGGAAAAGGAACUCAAGGUUCGUCUGGACCCUACAGAUGCUGUGUUCGUCGACGCCAUUCAUACGGACGGCGACUAUCUCAUUCAACUUGGCUCCCCUGCCGAGAAAGACUAUGUUAACCGGAAAAACUUCCAUAGCAUCAAUGUGCAAGUGACAUGUGACAGCCGAGGUCUUAUCACCAGCAUCAAUGCAGCAUGGCCGGGAGCUGCACAUGAUGCCCAUGUCUUCAGAAGUUCAGCAAUAGGAACGUACUUAGAUCGGCAUCACCGAAGUUUGGAAAAUGGUGUUCUUCUUGGGGACAGUGGGUAUCCCUUUUGCACGUUCCUGCUGACACCGUAUCUAAACGCUACUAACGCUGUCCAAGAACGGUACAAUGACAGUCACAGCAAAACACGAUGCUGCAUUGAGCGCCUCUCUGGUGUUUGGAAGAGACGCUUUCACAUCCUUCACGCUGAGAUAAGACUGAAGCCAGAGAAAUGCAGCAAUUUGAUUAUAGCGUGUGCUGUUCUUCACAAUCUUGCCAAACUGUGGGGUGAGCCGGAAGUACUUCCCGAGGACGAACUGCGUUACGUGGAAACCCCGGCGUACAUCGGACACCAGGAUGGUCGUGGUAUGCGAGACCAUAUCGCCAAUAACUAUUUUGCUCGCUGA